AUGAGUUACGUUACAGAGACAAUUCAUGGUGAAGUCGAGAUUACUACACCUGGCGAUGUCAAACUAGAUAUCAAAACGCUCCGGGACCAGAUCCCGGCGCAUUGUUUAAAACCCUCAACACUGCGGUCACUGAGCUUUGUUGUUCGUGAUGCAGCCGUCUUCGUAGGACUGCUUUAUGGUGCUUUCUGGGUCGACAAGAACUCCAACCCCUAUGUCAGCACGUUCACUCGUUACGUGGCGUACCCUUAUGCUGCCGGCAUUGCUAUGACGGGGCUUUGGGUCCUUGCUCACGAAGCUGGCCACGGCGCCUUCUCGACCAACAAGACGGUAGCUGAUACCGUAGGCUUCCUUAUUCACUCGGCCCUGAUGUCCCCUUACUUUGCGUGGCGGUCUAGCCACGCGAGACACCACCAAUUCGCCAAUAAUGUAUCUAUUGACCUCAACUACGUGCCCCCGUCGCGUGAGGAAUACCGCACAAUGUUCGGCGGGAGAUCUCACCCCGAAAAGGUAGUCAAAGAAAAGAGCCAUGGCGAGCAUGACCAUGAUAUGCAUGACAAUUUCGAAGACGCGCCGUUAGUCGUGUUCUGGCGCAUUGUCCUGCAGCAAGUCAUCGGCUGGCACUGGUACUUGCUCUCGCACAUAACAGCCGGCCCCGACAGUGGUGAUUUAUCACCCAAAAAGUCGCGUGGAUGGUGGGAUAACAGCCACUUCAUGCCUAACAGCUCUCUAUUCCGCACCGACGAGUUCUGGGACAUUCUUUUAUCCGAUGUUGGUCUAUUAGCCAUGAUGGGAUUAGUAUACAACUUGGGCAAAGUCUAUGGAUUCACCACCAUGCUUUGGACCUACAUCCUUCCUCUGAUGUGGGUGAACCACUGGAUUGUCAUGAUUACCUACCUUCACCAUACCCACACCUCGCUCCCUAAAUACACGCCGGAGAGCUGGACCUACUUGCGUGGUGCGCUAGCAACUGUGGACAGAGACCCUGGUUUCAUCAUGAGGCACAUGACACAUCACAUCAUUGACCUGCACGUGGUUCAUCAUUUGUUCCCCCGUGUUCCGCACUAUCAUGCCCAGGAGGCUACAGACGCUAUGAAGCCGCUCCUUGGCGAGUAUUACCAUAGCGAUAAAACGUCUUAUUGGGGUGCGCUCUGGAACGCAUUCACCCAGUGCCAAUGGGUUGAGCCAGACGCAGAGAAAACUCUCAAGGCUAACGUGUACGGUAGUGGCAAGGGCGACGAUGCUGCCGAGAUAGCAAGGAGGAAAGCGGUUGACGAGCAAGGCGUCCUUUGGUAUCGAUCUGGAAGGAUGCCCCUUCCCGUGGUCAGGAUGCGUCGUUCUGAUCACCUGAGUGUUUAG